UAAUUGUUCUCGGCUUUGAGCCAAGAACCACCGUGCUUCUAUAGCUCAGUUGGUAGAGCGCGGCACUAGUAAUACUGGCCUCCUGGCCUCAAAACUAGGCCUAUGCCGAGGUCUUCGGUUCAACUCCGAAUGGAAGCAACAUCAUGAUUUUUGGCGGUUUUAGAGGCAUUUUUAGUCCUCAUAUGGCGUAUUUGAGGUCACGUGAGGCAAUACAACCCGGUUUUAGACGCUCUAUACACGCACGAAUAUGCUCCCAGUCUCUAUUCAAAUUUUUAGAGCCAUUGAGGAGUGAUUACGACCACAGGAAGCUGUAGGGUGAUAUGGGUGAGACGGGACGAAUUUUCAUGUGAUGAAGCGGGGAUCACGUGAGCGGCUGUAUCAAAGGCUUGAAGUGCGUUCUCUCGUAUGGAAGAGCCUUGUUUCAUUGUUCUCUGCAUUUAAUUUGGGUAUGGGGACGACAU